AUGACUGAUAGCGACGCCAGAAGAAUGACUAAAAGAAAGCCACAUGAGCCUCGCAAGGAUAGAGAAUUUGAGGCAGGAAUGGCAAAAAGGGAAUUAUUUUUACUAUGA